UGGUGUUUAAUGCUCUGUGUGUUUGUAGGGGUUCAGUGGUGAGGGUGCUCUUAUUCAACGCUACAGGAGAGAGAGACUGUGCUGCUAUGCUCAAACUGCUCGUACCCUGUCUUUUUGAUUUCGCCGUGUUCUGUCCGAACAUCACAGAAGCCAUAGCGACCUGUAAUGCAGACCAACAGAACUUUAAUGUUUCUGUGGAGAACAUGCUCACACGUUGCCUGGACAACCAGCAGAGCUGGCGCGUUCUGAAUGGCCAGGGGGAGAAACCAGAGGCGGAGCUUCUGAUCGGAGGCGGUUUGCCAUUGGUGGCAGAAAGACAGAGCCACACACUGGUGUUUCCCUGCAUCCUCAGCGCUCUGCAGUGGAUCAGUCAGGAAGAAGACUCGUGCCAGACAUCAAGCCAAACACCCAGUGCCUGA